UGCUGGGAGAUUUAUACAAGAACUUUAACACUAAAUGGAACCUUAUCAUCACCAUCCUCCUCUUUGAGGCAGGCUUUGCCUUGUGUGGCGUAGCGCCCUCCAUGAAUGUACUCACCGUCGGUCACGUCUUAACUGGUAUUGGGGGGAGUGGCAUCUAUCUCGGCUCGUUAGUCUAUUUCACUUCUAUGAUGACUAAAAAGGAACGAGGCUUUUAUGUUUUGGUUCGUAGGGGCUUUCUGGGGUUUAGGUGCCGUGUUAGGACCAGUAAUAGGGGGGCGCAUUUUCCCAGAGCGCGGCUGUUUGGAGAUGGGCCUUUUAUAUCAACCUGCCGGUAGGAUUACCUGAAGCUUCAUCAUCAUACUUCCGUGGCUAACAAGAUGUAACUAUAGGUAGGGCUUGUGACUAUACCGUCGUUGGCCAUCUGGUUGUCGGUCUCUCAUCCUAUC